ACCGUGGGCAAGGGCCAGAGGGCUGACUGCUGCGGGAGGACCAGCACUGGCAUUUGCAGGAGUCUGCAGAGAGGAACCGGAGUUGAGAUGUCCAGCAAGGUGGCCACUGGCAGUGACAUCGGCCACGCCCGCCGGGCCAUAGAGCAGCUGCGGAUGGAAGCCGGCAUCGAGCGCAUGAAGGUGUCCAAGGCAGCCACCGACCUGCUGCAGUUCUGCACUGAGCAGGCCAAGAGUGACCCCUUCCUUGUGGGCAUCCCGGCUGCCACCAACCCCUUCAAGGAGAAGAAGCCCUGUGCCAUCCUGUGAUACCCCACAGCCCCGAGCCUCAAUAAACAGCAACUGCUCCUA